AUGACGGUGAUUCCAGGUCCUUCCGGGUCAUCGAACGAAUCAUUAUUGUUCGUUUGGUGCCCGAACACUCACGCAGAGGCUCGGGUGCUCUGCGUUGACUUCCACCCGGAUGGAUCAGCGAAAGCUCCUGAAGAAGAGGCGUCAGUCACUGCCCUGGUGAAGGAGUAUUUGCAGACAUCCUGGUUGGGCUACACCCUGGCCGCGUACAACAACAUGCCGGCCACAACAUUGGGGAGCCUCCCCUGCAACCUCAUUGGUUUCGAGAUUCAUGCACAUCCAAAUGCCAAAGUGCCCCUGGACCCUGGGCAGCAGGGCGAAGAUGGGUAUGGUUAUUGGUCUGGGGGCGGCAUCGUUUGCCGUGUCAGCUCCAGCGACUACUUCGUCACGCAGGUCGGGGGGCGUGGCGGAGUGAGCCAACCGCUGACUGCUGUGC